AUGGCCGGCGUGACGGAUCAAGCCGGCAUCACGCUCAACCUGGCACAACAGGCUCAGCUAGCUACCGAUCUACGGAAAGCCAUCAACGAGUGUAGUGAGAGGGGCCUCUACAAUGCGGCCAAAUGGGCAAACGAGAUGCUAGUCUCCAUCCCGGCUUCAGGGCGAGCCGCCAGUACCUCCAAACCCACCUCUUCCUCUUCAACCCGAUCCCGUCGUCCUUCUGACAUCAGUCACCAUUUAGGGGUGGACGAGAGCAUGCUAGAUCCAUCCUCCAUCCUCUCUCUCCACCCUCACCCUUCCUCCAAACGAGGUCAACGCGGACUCGAGCCCGAACUCGAAUCCCAAGUCGAAGCUUCGGAAUCCGACAUGUACGCCCUUGCGAAAUGUUAUUUCGAUACGAAAGAGCUGGAAAGGUGUAAGAGGGUCUUGCAAGGGUGUAGGAGCAAAAAGGCGAUGUUCUUGCGGUUGUAUGCGGUCUACCUUGCGGCGGAUAAAAAGGCUCAGGAGAUGAUGCCUCACUUCAUGGGCGACGAGAUCAAUACCUUGACUCCGCACGUCGUGCCAAUCCUGGAUCAGCUCGAGGGAGAGGACGACUCGUACCUCUUAUACCUGAAAGGGAUCCUAUAUCAACGCAUCGGACAGCGAGACCUGGCGCUCGAGUGUUUCAUCCAAUCUACUCGAGCAAACCAGUACAACUGGAGUUGUUGGCUCAGUAUCGCCGCUUGCGUCUCUUCCACGACCGAGUUCUCAAAGAUCAAGGCGCUCUUGCCGCAAGGCCAGAUGUUCCUUUUCUUUGCCGUCACUGUCAUGCUCGACUUGCACUCUGCCACGGAACACAUGCUCGAGACGGUCGAAGAGCUUCAAGCGAAUUAUCCUACUAGCGUGCAUUUGAUGGCACAGAGAGCGCUGGUAUUGUACCACAUGCGAGACUUCGAAGCAGCAGAGAGAGCGUUCGACGAGGUCCGAAAGAUCGACCCGUUCAGGUUGGACGAGAUCGAGAUUUACUCGAACAUGUUGUACGUCAUGGGCAAGAAGGCCAAGCUAGGUCAGAUGGCGCACGAGUAUGCGCAGGUCAACAAGAAUAGAGCCGAAGUGUGCUGUCUAAUCGGAAACUACUAUUCUGCCCGAGAAGAGCACACCAAGGCCAUUCAGUAUUUCCGCCGGUCCCUAUUACUCAAUAGGGAUUACUUGCCCGCCUGGACAUUGCUGGGCCACGAAUUCGUCGAGUUGAAGAACAGUCAUGCCGCGAUCGAGGCGUACCGAAGGGCGAUCGACAUCAAUCCCAAGGAUUACCGAGCUUGGUAUGGUCUGGGUCAGACGUACGAGUUGCUGGAUAUGCCUGAAUAUGCUAUCCAGUAUUACAAUCGGGCAACCGCGCUCAGACCCUACGACUGCCGAAUGUGGAGCGCAUUGGCAUGCGUUUACGAGAACCUUAAGCGUAUUCCGGAUGCCAUUCAAUGCAGUAACCGAGCGCUUCUAGGUGCAGAUCCAUCUCAGACGCUCACUAUCCUAAGAAACAUCGCCAAACUCCACGAUAGCCAGGGGCACUAUGCAGAAGCCGCCAAAAGUAACCGCCAGAUCAUCCAGAUCGCAGAGUUGCAGGAACUGAACCAGGGCGAGAUCGCGGCGAAUUACCUGUACGUCGCGCAAUACGAGCUCGACAUGCUCGACCGCAAGCGAGACGCAACGGACAUCAAGCCUGGGGUACCGUUUGAGAAACAGCCUCGACCGACGAACGGGAAGGGGAAAUCGAUCGAAGGUACCAGGGUCAACAGGGAUCUGGCGAGCGCUCUAGUCCUAUUUAAAAAGGUCAUCGAGAGCAACGCGCCGGAGAAGGAGUUUGCCGAAGAGGAUCUGCGAUAUAUACGCAGACGACAAGAGGCCGUCGAUUUGAAUGUCGAAAUGGACGGCCAACCGGAUCACGGGGCUACAUGA